GUGUUACGAGUAAUGUAAAGCACUGAUAAAAAUUGUUAUCUCACCUUGCUGCAUUGUUGUAAUAUAUUCUCAAAGGACGUUAAUAAAAUAAUAGUGCAAUGUCAUAUGGAUUUAAAGUAGUCUCCUUUCUUAUAUCCAUUAUGCCAAUUUUAGGGCAAAAUCAAGACUACAUCAUAAAAGGUGGUGCUGAUCAUCCUUGCUACCGUUCUUGUUAUGAGUCUGCAACCCCUAUGCACUGCGUCUACAAUUUCACGAUUACUAAACACUCAACUAUGAGUCUUGACUGUGGAAAAUGUCCGUUUGUCAGAGAGGAUUGUUUAAAACCGAGAUGUAUCACAGGAGGAGGACUUGUCCGUACUGUAAUCACAGUUAAUACCAUGAUCCCCGGGCCUCAAAUACUGGUAUGUGAAAAAGACAUAGUCACAGUAAAUGUAAAGAAUAAUUUGAGAAAUGAAGCGGUGACGAUUCAUUGGCAUGGUAUUCAUCACAAACAAACGCCUUUUAUGGAUGGAGUACCAUGGAUCACACAACUUCCUAUUGCUCCUUAUACGACAUUUACUUAUAAUUUUACUGCCGAGCCACACGGAACACAUUUCUGGCAUGGACAUUCUGGGUUUCAUGAGGCAGACGGUCUUUUUGGUUUAUUCACUGUAGGAAACAAAGAACCAACAAAAAAUGAUAAAUUGUAUGAUUAUGAUCUUCCGGAACAUAGUAUAAUUAUUUGGCAUUGGUAUGAUCAGCCGACGCAAGAAGUCCUUUUACCAAUCCUCCAGAGAAACGAGUCGGUUUUUGGAUACGGAUUCCUUAUAAAUGGAAAAGCUUCUUUUAAGAAAUACACGCAGAAAGAGAGAUUAGGACAAAUAUUUACCACGCCUAAAGAGGUUUUUAGGGUUAAAAAAGGGUUUAGAUAUAGAUUUAGAGUUGUUUACAACGCUGCAAUUUAUUGCCCCAUCCAGCUCUCUAUAGAUGAUCAUAAAUUAAUAAUGAUAGCAGGCGAUACAACCCAUUUUGAGGCAGUUGAAGUUGACAGCUUUAUGCUCGGAGCUGGUGAUCGAUUUGACUUUAUACUGAAUGCUACAGCAAAAUCAGACUGUUAUUGGAUGAGAAUGCGAGCGUUUGGAGACUGCGAUGAAAACAAAUCAAGUGUACACGCUGAAGCGUUGCUGUGCUACGAUAAUGUUACAAUAAACGAUCAGAAAGAGCAUAGCUACGAAGAAGCAAAUCGACCCGGUGUGAUUCUUAACCCUGCUGAAAUCGCUACUCGCAAUUACAAUGAAAAUAAAUUGAUUAAAUUAGUAGAUUUGAACAAUUUGGAGAUUGAUAAUUUAAAAAAUUAUUCCAGGGUGCCGAAUGAAACCAUCUUCAUUCAAAUUCAUUCCAGACCUUAUGAAAAUAUUCCAUAUCCUGGGCCAUGGCAUCAAUUUGACAAUGUAUCGUUUAGAUUUCCUGGUGAAAAUUUCUUGAAAGGCCAACUGAAUACAAAUACAUUCUGUUCUGCCACAACAAAAAAUGAAACCUGUUUAGAUGAAUUCUGUUCAUGUACAUACUUAAAGGAGAUUGAACAAGGAAGUUUAGUGGAAGUGGUUCUUGUUGACAUAAGUUAUAAUAGAAAUCAGGAUCAUCCGGUGCAUUUACAUGGAAAUAAUUUCUUCAUUAUAGCCAUGGGCACUAAUAAAACAAUUGAAGAGUUGAAGAAUCAAAAUGAACAAGGUUUAAUCAACAAGAAGCUGAAAUUCGCCCCAGCAAGAGAUUCCAUCUCUGUACCAAACCGAGGAUACGCCAUAAUUAGAUUUAUAGCUAAUAACAUCGGCUAUUGGAUGUUUCAUUGCCAUUUAACAAAUCAUAUGGAAAUGGGAAUGGCAAUGAUUUUUCAAGUGGGGACAAAAAAAGAAAUAUUAUCAAAGUGUCGUUCGUAUCCUGAACAAUGCAAAGAUUGGUAUAAAAGCUCCUCAAUGACUUUACAAGUUCCUUUACUACUUUAUUUCUGUAUUAUUUUGUUCAAUGUCCUAUUGAGAUGUUAAAAAAUAAAAUUACAUCAUCAUUUACCAUAGAA